GUUCGCCCAAAUCUGAAAAAAAAAAAAUCACACUUUUUUUUUUUGGAGAAAAUUAUUCGGCGAAUGGAGCUGGAGAGUCGCCGGAGAAUCGAGGAAACGGUGGUGGACAUACUGAGGACGACGAGCUUGGAUGAGAUGACCGAGUUCAAAGUCCGAGUCGCCGCCUCGGAGCGACUCGGAAUCGAUCUCUCCGGUGUGGACCGCAAGAGCUUCGUCCGCGGCGUCGUCGAGAGUUUCCUGAUUUCGGCCGCGGCGGAGGCGGAGCCGCCGAGCGUUCGGGAAGGGCAGGAGGCGGCGAGGUUGAAGAAGGAGGCGAAUGAGGACGGAGAGCGUGUUAUUUGUAAGCUGACGAACAGGAGAAACGUGGUGAUUCAUGAUUUCAGAGGGAAAACAUUGGUUUCGAUUAGGGAAUUCUAUAAGAAAGGUGGAAAGGAGCUUCCUAGUGCCAGAGGAAUUAGCUUGCCAGCUGAACAAUGGACAACCUUCAAAAAUAGUGUCCCUGCAAUAGAGGAAGCAAUUAAAAAGAUGGAAUCGAAGUUAAGAUCUGAAAUUGAUAGUAAACGAACUGAAGACGGUAAAGAAACUGAAGAUGGCAAACAAACUGAAGACGGUAAAGAAACUGAAGAUGGUAAACAAGUUGAAGAUGGCAAACGAACUGAGGGUAGCAAACAAACUGAAGAUGGCAAACAAGCUGAAGAUGGCAAACAAUCUGAAGCUAGCAAACGAAUUGAAGAUGGCGAACAAAAUGGAGAUGGUAAACAAACUGAAGAUGCUAGACAAAGUGAAGACAUGUCUGCUUCACUGAAUGAUGUUGCUCCUCAUGAAUUUUUCUCUAUUGAAACUUGCCGUUAUAAUGGGAAGAACUACCCUAUCUGGGCACAACAGAUGGAGUUUCUGCUAAAGCAAUUGAAAAUUGCAUAUGUGCUUUUUGUUUCAUGCCCAGUCAUUACAUUAGGCCCGGAACCAAGUACUGAAGAAAUUGCUCAAGCAAAGGCUGCUGAACAGCAAUGGAGGAAUGAUGACUCUGUGUGCCGUCGCAGCAUCUUGAAUGCUCUAUCUGAUGAUCUGUUAAAUCUUUACUCAAGGAGAACUACGACUGCAAAAGAACUGUGGGAAGAUCUAAAACAAUUGCAUCUCUAUGAGAAAUUUGGAACAAAGAGAUCUCUGGUUAAAAAGUAUAUGGAAUUUCAGAUGCUUGAAGGAAGACCAGUUUUGGAGCAAAUUCAAGAAUUUAAUAACAUUGCCGAUUCCAUUGUUGCUUCUGGAAUGGUGGUCGAGGAAAAAUUUCAUGUCAGUGUCGUUAUCUCCAAGCUUCCCCCAUCUUGGAAGGAUGUGAGUAUCAAGUUGAUGUCUGAGGAGCAUUUACCUUUUGCAAAUAUGAUGGAUCGUUUGAGGUUUGAAGAAAACUUGCGGACCAGGGAGCAGCAGGGGUUACCCAUUAAUCAUGCUGGCAAUCCACCAGUGAAACUCAUACCAAGGAUGAGAGAUAUGAAGCAGCGAAAUAUGCAAUGGAAGAGGUCAGACCUGGAGAUUGAUGGUAGAGUUAUUUGCCAAUUUUGUGGCAAGAAGGGGCACAUCUCUCAGAACUGUCGUUAUAAUAAUAAGAGGAAGUUUACCAAGGAUGUUAACGAUGAGAGUCACGACGGAUCUAUGCCUAUGGAGGUUAACAUGCUGGAGGAGACUCUGGAUGGCUAACUAUAUGCUACCAUCCCAUAUGCACUAACAGCAUUAUUAACCAGCCAAGUACUGCUGCAGUGUAUGAUAUGUAUGCAGGUCGAAGUCUGCAUUAGGAUAAACGUCAAUUACAUGUCUUUCUUGUACGCAGGGUUUAGAAUGAUCUGUAAUUCUGUACCAUAAGGUUUUCCAGUUGUAAUGCAUAACCAUUCUUUCAUUCUUUCUUCGAAUCCAA